AUGGCAGAAGAUUCACCGACAGGAGGUCCGUCAUCUCCAUUGAGGAAUGAUGAAUCUGCUGCAAGUCAGACUCAGACCUCAAAAUUAAAGAGGAUCCGUCUAGGGAGUUCAAGUUAUGCAUCUGCUGCUACUGUUGGUACCGAGAUUGCAAGGGACGGUGGUGUGAGCACUAGGUGGAACUCCACUUACUUGAUGUUAAAUGUUGCACAAAAGUUCGUGAUGGCGUUUGAGAGGUAUGAAAUCAAAGAUCCUUACUUUAAAAUAGAGCUCAAGCAUGGAACACCGUCAAUUGUUGAUUGGGAACAUGCUAGAAGGAUGUUUGAUCACUUCUACGAGCUAACAUUGAGGAUUUCGAGCACAUCUUAUGUCACCACGAAUGAAUUUUAUCAUGAAAUUAGUUCGGUAAAUUGCUUGUUAAGAGAAUGGAUUGCUAGCGAUGAUGAUCUUGAUAUCAAAGCAAUGGGUGAAAAAAUGAAAUUCAAAUGCAAUAAAUAUUGGGGGAUCCAAAAAAAUAUGAACUAUCUUAAUUAUGUGGCGGUUUUUGUCGAUCCUCGCUACAAGUUGGAGUUCCUUGAGUAUGCCUUUUGUGAAGAGCACGGAGAAAAGAACGGUUCGGAGAUCUUCAAGAGUGUGAAAGGGAGUGUUCAAGAGUUGUUUGAAGCUUAUAAGUUGAUUUAUCAACCUCAUUGUGCCACGUCCACACAAUGGAUGAAUCGAGUUUCAAGUUUAAAUGAAUCUUCUCAUCCCGAUAUUUCUCAUCCCGAUCUUUCAAAGAAUAAAUCAAGAUAUCACUUGGGAGAUAAGUUCAUAAGGCACAAGAUGGAGAGUGGAGAAGUAGAAAGUAAGUGUGACUUGGAUGUUUACUUGAAAGAGAGUGUUCUUGUUGUCGAGAAAGAUGAUUUUGACAUUUUGAUGUGGUGGAAACUCAACCAAAGUAGAUUUCUCUACCAUGGCGUCGAAGUCCGCUUUUAG